AUAAAUCAACUAAUUGACCCGGAAGUGAAACAUUAGAAUGCAACGCUGUCUGUUUUUAAUGGUUGGAUGUAUGGUUCCAUCAGAGCAGGGGCCACUGGUGUCCCCCUUCAAGAGACAAGAUGGAGCGUCGUCACGGGAUUAUGAAAGCCUUUCCCAAAGUUAAAAGAGCCAAAGUGUAUCACGGAAAGGAUGCACCCGUAGCAAAGAAGAAACCCGAUGAAUGUGAUAUAACAGGAAACACUUUUAACGGUGUCACAGUGUACAUCCUGCCUGCUGGAAUAGGAAAUGCCAGAUACCAGAUCUUCCAAAGACAAAUUCAACAGAAUGGAGGGCAGACAGAGAGUUCACUGUGUCCCAGUGUCACUCAUGUUGUUGUAGAUGACAACAUGGACAUGGACAGGGCUCUGCGCUUACUGAGAGUGGAUUGUAUGCCCUCUGGAGUCCAACUGGUGAAAUGCACUUGGUUGAGCUUGUGCAUCAGUGAGAAACAAAAGCUGGAUGUUGCCAGCUACAGCCUUCUUUUACCUAAGAGGGAAUCUGAAACAGGGCAUGAAAAAAUUAAAGAAGAGUUGCCGACUGUCAAGCCUGCUGCAGAAACUAUUGUAGAACCAGCGUCUGAUCAAACCAAAGAGGAGACCAUAGAUGUGGCGGUCCCAGACUCGAAAGAGGAAGUGCGAGGAGAAGAAGACGGUGUCUCUCAGAGUGACCUGGAAGCUCUUAUCACUGGCCAGCACCCCAAAGAGGAGACUCCUGGCCCUAGCCUGGAACCCGGUUCAGACGCUGCGGCUCAGAAGGUGCUCUCAGGGAAGUGGGUCUGUGCCCAGUCCUCUCAGUCCAAAACUAACAACUUCAACAAGCACAUCACAGACAAACUAGAAGUGCUAGCCAAGGCCUACACGCACCAAGGGGACAAGUGGAGAGCGCUGGGCUACUCCAAGGCUGUCAACGCACUGAAGAGUUACCACAAGCCUAUUACAUCAUAUCAGGAGGCCUGUCAGAUCCCAGGAAUUGGAAAACGCAUGGCCGACAAAAUUGAUGAGAUCAUGGAGAGUGGUCACCUGCGAAAGCUAGAUCACAUCGGGGAGGCUGUGCCAGUAUUGGAGCUUUUUACUAACAUCUGGGGUGCAGGAGCUAAAACUGCAAAGCUGUGGUACCAACAGGGAUUUCGCACAUUGGAGGACAUCCGCACAAAAGCCCACCUAAGCAACACUCAGAAGAUAGGACUCAAGCACUACGAUGACUUUCUAGACCGAAUGCCCAGAGAAGAAGCCGCAGCCAUAGAGAAAGUGGUGAGGGUUGCUGUCCAGGCCAUAGACCCACACCUGGUGGCGAUGGCAUGUGGCUCCUACCGCCGUGGAAAGGCCACAUGUGGAGAUGUUGAUGUACUUAUAUCUCAUCCUGAUGGCAAGUCUCACAAGGGUGUUUUCAGCAAAGUGUUACAGAGCCUACAUGACAGUGGGUUUUUGACAGACGAUCUGGUGAGCCACGAGGAGAAUGGAGAGCAGAAGAAAUACCUGGGUGUGUGCCGUUUGCCAGGACCCGGCCACCGCCAUCGCAGGCUGGACAUCAUUGUAGUGCCCUACAAUGAGUUUGCCUGUUCUCUCAUGUAUUUCACCGGGUCGGCACACUUCAACCGCUCAUUGAGAGCCCUUGCAAAGACAAGAAACAUGAGCUUGUCAGAGCACUCGCUGAAUGAAAAUGUGGUGCGCCAGGGUAGCUUGAAGGUGUAUGGUGGCACUGCACUUACUACACCGACAGAGAAGGAUGUUUUUAGUCUUUUAGGGGUACCGUACAGACAGCCUCAUGAAAGGGACUGGUGAUGAUUUGCUUAUCACUAAAAGCAAAUCACAGUGCCUUUCCUGGUUGUAAAUUAAAAUCAUGACGAAUGAUGAUGAAUGAUGAUGAAUGAUGAUGACAAUGGAAACUGCAAUUAUGCUCAAACAAAUUAAUUUUAAGGAUGUUGUACUGCUUCACAGAUCAUGUAACAACCCUGUUUGACUUGAAUGCUGAGUUUAAUCUACAGAAUAAGGGGCUGGGUUCACUCAAAUCUUAAAACAAUGACAUAUUUUCUUACUUAACACUAGUUGUAUGUCCCUCCAGAUUGUUUAAGUUGUAUGAGAUGUCCACCUUUUGAAACUAAUACCGCCACCUCAAUAAAAUGCAAUGAAUGUAUUAAAAAAUAUUUUUUUAUCUGGACGGUUUCUUCAACAGAAGGUAGUUGGAUUAAACUGAGUAACUAAGAACAGUGUUAAAACAUAAAUUUCUUCCAUUUAAAUUUAAUGUUCAUUUGUAAAACUUCCAUUAUGUAAGGCUGGCAGCAAAUGUUUCAAAUUCCAAUAUCUCAAACUUGAACAGGUAAAUCCAAAACUACCAGAUGUAAGUGGAAAAAUAUGUAAUUUUGCAAGUUGAGUGAAGUGGCCCUUUAAAAUUAUUUUUAAUAUAGGAGAUGCUUGACACUGUAUGAAAGAUGAGUAAUGGUAAUAACACACCAAAGGAUAAAAAUA